AUGCGCAAGGCACGUUGUUUACCGCGCUCUCUCACCCAAGGGGCGCUACGCCAGCUUUAUAGCGGAAAUCAAACGCUUAUUGAUCGCCUCAUAAUAGCGACAGUCAUUCAUCCACGCGCUGCGGUGCAACGUAGGUGUCAGUUGCGAAAGGCCAGAGUGACGGCGGUGGUAUCUUGUUUGGCAGCUGGCAGUGCCGAUCCGGCGGCAUCUGGGUUUGCUGGCGGCAGCCACCGCCGCCAAGGCCGCGGCAAGGGCACCAGUCCCCCCAGGGAGUUAACGCCCUCUCUGAGCGGCGGAGGCGGCAGUAGCGGAGGCGGUGGUAGCGGAGGCGGCGGUAGCAGCGCCAAGGGCUCAGUCGCCACGUCAGCAACUCGCAGAUCCUCCUCCUCCUCCUCCUCACCCUCACCCUCCUCGACGUUGUCCGCGGGGGUGGCUCUUGCGACCCGUUCCUUGGACGACAGCAGCGAUUCGGAAUAUUCGGGACCGACCGCCUCCUCCGACUCCGACUCCGACCCCACCUCAGUGGGGGGCACAAGGGGCGGGAACAUCGUGCCCUUCACCCGCCGACAGCCCCGUGCGCUGGUGCUGGACUGCGCCUACCGCCCCAUCAAUGUUCUUACCUGGUACAGAGCCUUUCACUUCGACUACUUUGGAAAGGGCGAGGUCCUGGAGUAUUACCCGCCACCUGCUGUGUGCACCACGGGCUCGGGCGAUCACCCCCUCCCUGCCGUACUGAGGGUACCGCAAUACACGGCUGACAUGCAGGAUUUGUGUUCCCGUGUUGCUUGCACCCGCCGUAACAUCAUGGUGCGAGACGGCUUCUGCUGCCAUCCCAUCCACCUCCAAAUUACUAAUUUUCAUUUUGCCAGGUACUGCGGCUCCCGGCGGGAUUUGACCCUGGAUCACGUGCAUCCUGUCAGUAAGGGCGGCAAGGAGACCUGGGAGAACCUGGUAACGGCCUGCAUGCGGUGCAAUCAGAAGAAGUCCGACCGCACGCUGAGAGAGCUGGGCUGGAAGCUGAAGCGGCAACCUAAGGAGCCGACGCCGUACGAGAUCGGCAUCGUGGCGGGCAUCUCCACAUCCGAUAUUCUGCGCCCGCCACCGGAAUGGGAGGCGUACAUCGCGCCGUACAGGGAACGGUUGGAAAUGUACCGCAGAGCGGCUAUAGAGGCGGGGCUCGUUAAUCUGAUUGACGACGGUUGA